CUCUCUUUCCCCCUCCCUCACAUCACAUACGAAUAUACGAUUCCAUUCCAUUCCAUUGGAUUUGGACCCAAAACAGAAAUCAAGAGAAGAUUUUUUGAUAUCAUGACGACGACGACGACUCAGUGAGGGAGCUUCUUCCUACACGUUGUUGAAUUCUUGCUUCAGGAACCUUCCCUAUCCUUUGUUUGGUGGUUGUCGUAGCCUUCAAUCUCGCUUUUUCUUCUCUUUUUUUUAUUCUUCAAUUCGUUUCAGCUUCUCAUUUCAAUCGGUUUACGGGUGGAUACGAAAUCCAAUCAGUUUCUACGAGCUACCAAGGACGUUGCUCGAUCUGAUUUCAGGUUUUUUUUCAAUUUCUGGGUUUGGUCUUGGAUCUGGAAUUCGAUUCGAUCGAGUUUCAUAGAUCGAUUCAGAUUAAAAAACUCGUGGAUCCAAUCCCAGAAAUAGUUCGAUUUGUUGGUAUAGAGGGGGAGAUAUCAAAAUCGAAAUCUUGAUUCGAAUCGGUUUCGUCUUCUGUUCUGGCUCUGAAUUUCCUCGAUGGUAUAUUUGCACAGCUCAAUCUCGGUCUGCAAUUCCGUCGACCAAGCUCCUACAUUGAUCAUGUCGAACUCACCAUAUUUGCAGCCUAAAUCGAGAAACAGCCGAAAAUCUUACACAACAUCUCCUAGCUGUUCCAAAUUCCCUGUCUGCGACGGAUCUCAGUCGGCUGCUAUUGAUGUCGUGAUCUUAAUCGCGGUGAUCACGGCUUGCGGGUUCUUGUUCUUCCCCUACGUCAAACUCAUCACCCUCAAAUCGUUUGACAUCUUCUCAGAUCUCUCGGUUCUAGUCAAAGAAGAGAUUUUGCAGAACCCAAUUGUGUAUGGAUCAUUAGCUCUGAGCAUCUUCUGCGCUGCCAUCUCCACUUGGCUCGUUAUACUCUUGUGUACAAUGCAGAGAUGUGGUAAACCGAAUUGUAAAGGCCUUAGGAAAGCUGUUGAGUUUGAUAUUCAGCUAGAGACAGAGGAAUGCGUCAAGAGCUCACACAACAACAGCAACAACAACAGGAACAAGAGGGGAAUGUUUGAGUUGCCUCGUGUCCAUCACCGUGAAUUGGAAGCCGAGCUGAAGAAGAUGGCACCCCCUAAUGGGCGAGCCGUGCUGGUUUUCAGAGCGAGAUGUGGUUGUUCUGUAAGGAGAUUAGUGGUUUCGGGGCCAAAGAAACAGCAGAGGAAGAUCAAGAAAUGAAAAAGUUCAAAGAAAGAAAAACAAAAGGUUCCAUCUUUGGAAAUGAGACGGGAUCGUUAUACUUUUCUUUGGUUAGCUUUAUUCCUCACACACACUUUUUUUACAAAAACUUACAGUAUAUGUUAAUCUAUGUGUUUAAAUAAGGUACAAUGGGAAUAAGCAUUGUAAGAAUAUUGAGGGAAACUGGUUAUAGUGAAGAACAUUUUGGUUAUAAUCUUCUAGUUGUGCGCCCGAGCACUAUGGGAACAGAAUAUGCAUUGAUGGUGUUUUUGAUAUUGAUCUGUUUAGGUUUUCAAUCAUGAAGGUUGAAACUUUUGUGCAGGUUAGCUAAAGAACUGUCACUUACAUUGAAGAACAUCAAAUGUGCGUUUGUGUGUCUAUUAGUUUCCCUAUGUUCUUCUUAUGUGGCUUUGUUAUGGAGCUGGAGAAGUGAUGAGAUUCGAACUCAAGAGACCUCUCGUUCUUUAAACUGUUGAAUUCCUGGAUUUGGCCGUCUUUUGUUUCUUGAUUCGUUGAAGAAUCUGCAGAUUUACACUUACGUGACUUUUGGUAUCCCUAUAUACUGGUCAAUUUAGAUUUGAAAUGGAUAGACUUUGUGGAAUCUGACAGUAAAACUAACCAAGGUCGACAAUUCAAGGCCCUUUAUUAUUUUUACUAUUUUAUUACAACAUGUUGUGCUUAUCUCUGUUACGGAUCAAUUGA